AUGCCUGAAGUUAUCGAUCUGACUGCCUCCUCCCCAGCGGGCUCCCCCAUACUCGCGCGCGCGCCCAGUCCGACCCCCUCAAUUGAAUGGAUCAAGACUGAACCGCGCGACGAUGACCACGAGUUUCUCGAUAUCAACGACCUCAUCAAAGACGAGAAGCCAUCUCCAUCUCCAGCUCCGGCCCCAGCUCCAGCGAUCCCCGUGUUCCACCGCCGCCGUCGCUCCCCCUCAAGCUCCUCGAGCUCGUCGUCGUCGUCGAGUUCUUCCUCGGACCAAGACAAAGAGACAGAGAAUGAGGAGGAGGUUGGCAAGAAGGAGCCCGCCCUCGCCGAGCUUUCUUCUCGCCAGUGGACCGACGUCGACGCCGCCGUCAGAGAGAUCAGUGACAUCGCCAGACAACUCGGAUUUGGUGUUUCUAAGAACCGUGCCAGUAACUACCGGACAGAGGGAGCAACUCGGUUCCCUUGUCGGUACGAUAUCGAGUGUGUUAUGGCGAAGAAGCGCGGGGGCAAGAAACGCGACAACGACGCCCCGCUCCAAAGACCGUUGGCAGCGAGUAUGAAAAGAAACUCGCCAGUUAUCUCGCCGUCAAUCGUCGCCAACACCGCACAGAGGAGGUAA